GACAAGGGAAAAGCCCCCUCCCUGCGCCCGCCCGGGCUCAGACACGCGGGCCAGGACAGCGCCUGACAGGGCCACCUGCUGCUGUCCCAGGUGCACUAGCAGGGAGCUGGAGCAGAAGUGGAGCAGCAGCAGGGACUCGAACCUGCGUGCAUGUGGGAGGCCAGCGUCACAGGUGCAGGUUGAUCCGCUCUCCACAACGCCGGCCCCAAGAAGCCAGUCUUUUAAUCCCUUCUGCCAUGAGCUUCCAGAAGGGCUUCAUUCUAGCAGGGAGAGGCCUUCUCCUGAGUUCUCUGGUCCUGAGGCUGCCCCGUGAGGCUGCCCGCCCUCUGUGGGCUUCUCUGUGCUGGUGGACAGACGCCCAUGUCGGGACCCCCAGGAGGCCGCCUCCCCGCCCGCCAGGAGCGCACAGCUGGGCUGGACGUGGCGCAGCCGGGCCCGGCGGACUCGGCCGUGACAGAGCUGCGGAGGGGCCAGGCGGCGGCGCCUGCCCUGGGUGCAGGGAGAAGGCCCUUGGGGGCACCCAUGGCCGGCCAGGACCCUGCGCUGAGCACGAGUCACCCGUUCUACGACGUGGCCAGACACGGCAUCCUGCAGGUGGCAGGACACGACCGUCUCGGGAGACGCGUGGUCACGUUCAGCUGCUGCCGGAUGCCCCCGUCACACCAGCUCAACCACCAGCGGCUACUGGAAUACCUCAAGUUCACGCUGGACCAGUACGUGGAGAGUGACUACACCAUCGUCUACUUCCACUACGGCCUCAACAGCCAGAACAAGCCAUCCCUCAGCUGGCUCCAGAGCGCCUACAAGGAGUUCGACAGGAAGUACAGGAAGAACCUGAAGGCGCUCUACGUGGUGCACCCCACCAGCUUCAUCAAGGCGCUGUGGAGCAUCUUCAAGCCCCUCAUCAGCCACAAGUUUGGGGAAAAGGUCACGUAUUUCAACUACCUGAGUGAGCUGCACGAGCACCUGCCGUCCGACCAGCUGCCCGUGCCCCCGGAGGUCGUGCGGUACGACCAGCAGCUCCGGAGCCUGCACAAGGGCCAGCCGCCGCCUCCGGCCAAGACGCCGCCGCCCCGGCCGCCCCUGCCCACGCAGCAGUUCGGGGUCAGUCUGCAAUACCUCAGAGACAAGAACCACGGCGACCUCAUCCCGCCGGUGCUGAGGUUCACGGUGACGUACCUGAGGGAGAAAGGACUGCGCACCGAGGGUCUCUUCCGGAGGUCGGCUAGCAUCCAGACGGUGCGUGAGGUGCAGCGGCUCUACAACCAGGGGAAGCCCGUGAACUUCGACGACUAUGGGGACGUCCACGUCCCCGCCGUGGUCCUGAAGACCUUCCUGCGGGAGCUGCCGCAGCCACUGCUGACCUUCGAGGCCUACGAGCAGAUCCUGGACAUCACAAACGUGGAGAGCAGCCUGCGCGUGACCCGAUGCCGCCAGAUCCUGCAGGGCCUCCCGCGGCACAACUACGCCGUGCUCAGCUACCUCAUGGGCUUCCUGCAUGCGGUGUCCCAGGAGAGCCUUUUCAAUAGAAUGAACAGCUCCAGCCUGGCCUGCGUCUUCGGGCUGAAUCUGAUCUGGCCGUCGCAGGGGGCGUCCUCCCUGAACGCCCUCGUGCCCCUCAACCUGUUCACCGAGCUGCUCAUCGAGUACUACGAGACUGUGUUCCCCGCCCACUCCGCCCCUGGGGAGCCUGCCGGCGAGCAGGCGCAGCCCCUGGCUGCUGGGUGCACUGGGGACAGACGCCCCUCGGGCCUUGCCACGCCCGUCCCCCCACCGUGUCCCCUGACAGCGGCUGGGAGACCCCCCGCCUGGUGACGGCGCCCCUGGACAGCCCGUCUCGUGCCCUGGUUGCAUGCUUUGUAAACUUGACAUUAAAUGGACUCAGA